UGGGACCCUCUAAGGGACAGAAGCUUAUAUUAUGUUAAAAGAAAAUUUCUAUAAUGUUACAGAAAUGUACAAAAAAUCUGGAGGUCCACCUAAAACCAAGAAAGUGAAGCCUGCGUCGUAUUUAAGUAAAGUUGUAAGACGCAGUUGUUUAUAAAAGUUGUUCAAUUGUAAAAUAAUUGGCAAAUUUCUAUCUCUAAAAAAUCUGUAUUGAAAGUGCUUGUCGGUAGAGUGGUGGGGAGCGCGAUCUUGACUUUGAGGGCUUAAAGCAAGCCUGUUGCGUGACGUAACACCGGCCAGCGCCUGCGUCUCGUCCGGCUUGCGACACCCGCAACACGCCUGCUUCUGCCCUUACAACUAAUCACAAACAACUGGAAGUGAGAAGAGAACGUCACUGUCAUUGAAAUCAGUAGCGGUUGCAAUUACAAUCAAAAUGUUUAGCAAGAAGACUGCAUGGUGCAUCCGCCGUUAGCACAGAUAACCUUACGCUGGGGCCGCGUGCGUUGUGCGGCGUGCACUGGGACUGGGCCGCACUCGCUGCGCCGCGCCCCGCGCGCACGCACGCCUGUCGCGACCUGCGCCCGCUCCCGCACCCGCGCCCGCGCCCGCACCCGCCUCGUCAACACAACAAUAUUAUAAAAUACACGCACAGUCUUUCAACGUUAACUUUGUUACCGGUUUAUUCAAGUACACAACGCCAACGGAGAUUCCAAAGUAAAGUGUAAUUUAUGUCAUAAAUGCUAAUUUUAUGUAAUUAAAAUAUAUUACAUUUAAUUAUUCAAAUAUAAAAUAAAUACAAAGGUUUCAGUGUUGAUCGUGUAUUCAACGUCGACAACUCGAUAAAAUUACGUAGUUUUGUUUUACAAUCUCGAUAAAUAAUAAAGCUAUGAAAAUUUCGCACAUAGUUAAAAAGUAGUGAGUUGUUAGUGUUGAUGUUUAUGAUAGACAAUGAAGUGGGUGGCGCUGAUGUCGCUGAUCGUGGCCAACGUGGUGAAGGUGCCCACGCCGGUAGUACGCACCAGCGGCGGCCUGGUGCGCGGCCGUCUCAGCGACAACGGUCUCUUCUACACCUACCUCGGUAUACCCUACGGCUACGUCGGUGAGGAGAACAGGUUCAAGGCGCCGCUGCCACCACUGAAAUGGAAGGGCGUCUUCGAGGCGAUCGAAGAAAACGUGCGUUGCCCGCAGAAGAUGCUCGGUUCCGUAGUGGUGGGCGAGGAGGACUGCCUGCGCCUUAACGUGUACACCCCGGCAACGCAGCCCUCCCAGCCGCUGCCCGUCAUGCUCUACAUCCACGGCGGUUGCUUCUUCGAGGGCGCCGGCACCGCCUUUUUGUACGGCGGCGACUACUUUGUCGAGCACGAUGUCGUGUUCGUCGGUAUUAACUACAGGCUCAACGUCGAAGGGUUCCUCUGCCUUGGCAUAGAGGAGGCUCCAGGAAACGCCGGCCUCAAGGAUCAGGUUGCGGCGCUUCGUUGGGUUCGGGACAAUAUUAAAGCAUUCGGUGGGGACCCCGGUAGCGUCACUCUAUUCGGGGAGAGCGCUGGCGCCGUCUCCAGCUCGUAUCUUAUCUCCUCGCCGGCCGCUCGGGGCCUCUUCCACAAGGUCAUUCUCCAGAGCGGGUCAUCGCUAGCUCCAUGGGGAAUGCAGCAAGACCCGAUUAAAACUGCCAGCAAUAUCGCCAAGGAAUUCGGUUACACGACAGUGGACCCCCGAGAGCUGUACGACAUUCUCUCGAGGAGGACUCCCGAGGAGUUGAUCCUGGCCGUGCGGAAUCCGCAGCACAAAAAUUAUAUAACAGCGGAGACUCUUCUGGCGCCCUGCAUAGAGAAGCCGAUUCCUGGCGUGGAGCCCGUCGUGGCGGAGCACCCGGUCGACGUCAUCGCUUCGGGGAACUACACCAAAGUUCCCAUGAUAAUUGGUUACAAUGACAACGAGGGUAUCUACUUCGUCGCUAAAGAUUAUGGGACCACAGUGGAGGAAGUGAACCCCUCGGAUCUCCUGUCCCCCGACCUCGAGUUUCCUGGUGACGAGUCCCGAAACACCACCGCCGAAAUGUUGCAAAAGCAUUACUUCUCUUCGAAAAGGGAUGAUUUGAUAAUGGGCGUAGUGGAGCUGUACUCGGACUUGCACUUCAAGUUCCCCUCGGUGGUGGAGUCCGAGCUGUACCUGCGCACUUCGCCGGGACCCAUAUACUUCUAUCAGUUCCAGUAUAGCGGCUACAUCAACCUGCCAAAGCAGGUGUCGCGCUUCGGGGCCCGGCGCGGCGCCUCGCACGCCGACGAGCUCUUCUACAUGUUCAAGCCGGCCUCCUUCCCGCUGCCGCAGCGCUACCUCGAGACGCACAUGAUACAGCGCAUGGUGACGCUCUGGACCAACUUCGCCAAGUACAGCGAUCCGACCCCACAGAGGUCGCGUCUGCUGCCGGUGCGGUGGCGUCCUGGACGUGAAGGGCAGGCGGGGCAGGCGGGCAGCCCUAGCGCGCUGGUAAUCGACCGCGCGCUCAGCACGGCGCCCAUGUGGGACGAGCGCGCAGUGCGCCUCUGGAACCAGACGUACGCCAAGUACCGCCGCAGGAGCUUCGGUCACUACGGCCUCGUGCGCGACGCGCGCGCCCUCUCCUGCCGGUAGAGCUCGAGCCUGCUCCCGCGUGUGGUACUCCUAUAUCCAGGCAGUAAAAGCAACCCGCGCACGGGAGCAUAGGCGUUGUGCGAAGAUUGUUAAUUGUUAUUAUGGUAUAAAGGGUGAAUUUUUCGUUCUACUUCACAUGUUCCACUAAUGAUUGUUAGUUCGUUCAUUUCGUUGAAUUGAUUUAUAUUUAGGGUCAUUGAUUAUUUAUUGCUUUAACCAAAACCAAGAUUGUUUCGUGGGACUCGUGCCAUGUUUUACAACUAUUUAUGUUACGCUGGUAAUACUGAAGCAUAACCCAAAGCGCGUAUACGUAAAUACAGGUGAUAGUGUCUAGUCUUUCGUGCCUAAGCAAUAAGUUUAGAGGUUCAAGAAGUCACGGUUUAUGUACUGUGUUUACUUAUUUCAAGGUGGUGUUAUUAAAUAUUUGAAUAUA